AUGAUCCAUCGAAGACUUAGCAGUUUACUGCUAUCCACCUUUCUUCUCUCACUCUUUCCACAAGUAGCAACCGCCCAACAGAUCGGCACCGGCAUACCCGAAGUCCAUCCCCGUUUCCGCACCCAGAGAUGCACCAAAUCAGACGGCUGCAAAACGCAACAGACGUAUCUCGUCUCCGACGCCCGGCACCGACCCUUCCACAACACCGAAGGCGAAAUCGUCGAAUGCUCCGCCGCCAACAAGGUGCUCUGUCCCGACGAGGCCACCUGCGCCAAAAACUGCAUUCUUGAGGGCGUAGAGUACGGCAGCUUAGGCGUGCUUGCGAGUGACACGGCCGUGACGCUACGCAACUAUCUUUUCGACGGGAAGAAGCACAGGGCCAUCAGUCCGCGCGUGUACCUACUUGCAGAGGAUGGCGAGAACUACGAGCCGAUCAAGCUGUUGAAUCAGGAAAUCAGCUUUCAGCAAACGGGCCCUUUCCUUUGCAACGGUGAUCAGUGCGACGAGUCAGAGAAGAGUGGAAGCGGUAUGUGUGCCAGAAAAGGUUGCGGAAUCAAUCCGUUCAGGCUUGGGGCCCCAGAGUUCUACGGCAAGGGCCAGAAACACAAGGUUGACACCACCCGGCCGUUUACAGUCGUCACCCGCUUCUUCACAGAUGACAACUCGACGACUGGCGCCCUCACCGAGAUUAGGAGGGUCUACAUUCAGGAUGGAAAAACGAUUCCAGCCACCUACAACUCGAAUAUUAAGGCUCUCAACCAUGCCAACAUUCCGCCCAGCGGUGGCAAGUUUGAAGGCGCGUUGACGGAAGGGUACUGCAGUGCUCGGGACUUCGACGACCAUGCGCGGUUGGGUGGAUUGAAGACAAUCGGCCAGGCACUGGGCCGUGGUAUGGUCAUGGUAUUGAGUAUCUGGAACUCCGAAAGAGACUCAAUGGCGUGGCUGGACGCCGGAAAAAACGGGCCAUGCCAGGACGUAACUUUUUCUAACAUCAGGUGGGGCGAUAUUGGUUCGAAUGCAUAA